GAUGCGAACGUCAAAAACGCGAAAAGAAAAGUUACAUCACGCGUGUUGGUGUGUGGAAAAUUAAAACUUAAAUUUUCAAGAGUAAAAUUUCGGGGAAAAUAGUGUUUUUUUCUUGCGAAUUGUGCAUUUCCCGUCAACGUUCCGGUGAAAGUGAUCUUUAGUGAAGUGAUCGCUCAUAAUGCUGUAGCAGUAGCGAACCCGUACGACUACAUCCGGUGCAUGUCGAUCGACAGGAUUCAUACGGACGAAAAAUUUUCACCAAUUUUCCCUUGGCCUUCAUCGUUGCAGUAUAAUUUAUCUAUCGUCAUCGACGCUUUCCAAUUUAUAUAUUUACUAUGACGGAAUCGAAGCAGUUAUUCCUUUGAGUUGCUCUCCAAAAGAAGAAAGUAUUAUUGCUAGCGCAGUAUAGAGUUGGGAUCGAUACCUCACAAAGUGUAUUUUGUAUUGAUUUUUUUAAAUCCACAUUUAAUUUCGCGUUAUCUGUACUUGGCCAUUAAAGAGCUCACACCAUUAUUCGAGAGGAAAAUCACACCUUCGGGACGCUAAUGUGUUUCAAACUUUUCUGAAAUGUUGUGUUGUGUUGUUAUAGGGACUUGACCGAAACAAAGCAGAACACCUUUCUAAUCAGCUUCUUUUUGCUAUACAAUGCUUUUAUUCGUCGCUCGAAUGCCAUCAUAACGUAAUACGUUAAAUAAACACACUGUGGUGACCGUUAUCUCGUGGAAUUGAAAUCACUCCUCUAAUUAAAACCGCGCGGGUUUGUUGAAAACGAACUUUGCCAAUUAAAUAAAAAUUUCGGUCAUUUGGGAAAAAAAACUAAAAUCUACUACUGAAAACCUAACAAUAAAAACGCCAUCACGAUAUGGCUGCGUACCUGAAUCGAACCCUCUCGAUGGUAACCGGAUCCAAUGGGACAUCGGCUUCGGCCUACGAAACAACCAACGCGCUCAUCGACUCCAAUACAAUAACGACCGGUUCCGGGGCCGCCCGUGGUCUGCAUAUCGGGGGUCAUGCGCUCGGUUCCGGUCACGCAAACCUGAACGAUAUCUCGCCUUUGCAGAUAUUCGUACGAGCGAAGAAGAAAAUUAACGACAUUUUCGGCGAGAUUGAAGAUUACGUCAUCGAAACGACAGGAUUCAUUGAAUCCCUUCCAACCCAGGUGGAAAUAGUAGAUAAAGCUGAGGGUGAACAGUUCAAAAGCUAUGUCUUGAAGGUGUCCGGCAUUCGGGAGGUUCUGUCCCGCGAUCACAUGAAGGUAGCAUUUUUCGGUCGUACUUCGAACGGUAAGAGUUCCGUCAUUAAUGCCAUGUUAAGGGACAAAAUUCUACCGAGCGGAAUCGGACACACGACCAAUUGUUUCUGUCAGGUGGAAGGUGUCGACGGUGACGAGGCAUAUUUGGUAAAAGAGGGCAGCGAUGAGAAGUUGAAUGUUCUGUCUGUCAAACAACUAGCCAAUGCUUUAUCUCAGGAGAAACUGUGCGAGAGUUCCAUGGUCAGAAUAUUUUGGCCUCGUAAACGAUGCAGUCUACUAAGAGAUGAUGUAGUUUUUGUGGAUUCACCGGGAGUCGAUGUGUCGCCAAAUUUAGACGACUGGAUCGACAACCAUUGCUUGAAUGCUGACGUAUUUGUACUGGUCUUGAAUGCAGAAUCUACAAUGACGCUAGCCGAAAAAUCCUUUUUCAACGAAGUUUCAACACGCUUAUCGAAACCAAAUAUUUUUGUCCUGAACAAUCGAUGGGAUGCUUCAGCUUCAGAACCAGAGUUCCAGGAAUCGAGAGACCUUGAUAAGGUAAAAGCUCAGCACCAGGAGCGUUGUAUAGAUUUUCUCGUCAAGGAACUGAAGGUGGCAACGCCGAAAGAAGCCGAAGAAAGGGUAUUUUUCGUAUCGGCCCGGGAAACUUUACAAGCCCGUUUGAAGGAAGCCGAAGGUUUGCCAGCCAUUGCCGGGGCCCUGGCGGAGGGCUUCCAGAAUCGGUACUUUGAUUUUCAAGAUUUCGAACGAAAGUUUGAGGAGUGCAUCUCGAAAUCAGCAGUUCGAACCAAGUUCGCUCAGCACAGUUCUCGCGGUAAAAGCAUUUCCAGUGAAAUGCGCAUGAUGCUGGACAACAUCAACGAAAGGGCGAGCGUUUUGCGUAACCAAAAGCUGGAGCAGAAAAAGAAGCUUACCGAUCGGAUCUCCAGUACAGAAACACAACUCAUGCAGGUGACUCGGGAAAUGAAAAUGAAAAUUCACAACAUGGUAGAAGAAGUAGAGCAAAAAGUUGCCAAAGCUUUGAACGAAGAAAUCUGGCGCCUGAAUGUGCUGGUUGACGAAUUCAAUCUACCAUUCCACACUGACUCGCUGGUGUUAAGUGUGUACAAGAAGGAAAUUAAUGCCCAUGUUGAAAAUGGAUUGGGUUCUAACUUACGGGCACGGCUUAGCACAGCCCUGGCAAUGAACGUGGAAACUGCCCAGCGGGAAAUGACCGACAGAAUGACGGCACUGGUCCCGGCAGACAAAAUCAUUACCAAAACCACCCACAUUGUUACCAGAAAUCAGCCGUUUGAGAUGUUGUAUACUUUAAACUGUCAGAAUUUGUGUGCCGAUUUCCAAGAGGAUUUGGAUUUCCGUUUUUCGUGGGGCAUAACGGCCAUGAUCGCCCGCUUCAAUGGCAAAAUGCGUGGUGGCAACAAUAAGAAAGCCAUCACUCACAACAGGCAGAAUAGCAACAUGAAUGUUUCGCAAAUCAUGUCGCCAACCUCACCGAUGUGUCUUAUCCCGGAAAACGAUCUUAUCUCCGAGGAACAGCUGUCCGUAAUAUCCAAAGUGGCUAUCGCCUCAAUCGGUUCUCAGGGCACAGUCGGUUUGCUGGUAGCUGGAGUGUUGCUGAAAACAAUCGGCUGGCGAGUGAUAGUCGGUGCCGGUGUUUUGUACGGUAGCGUCUACCUGUACGAGCGCCUGUCCUGGACGAACGCAGCCAAAGAGAGAAGUUUCAAAAAUCAAUACGUUCAGCAUGCCACACGAAAACUGAAGCUGAUUGUUGACCUUACAUCGGCCAACUGUAGCCACCAAGUGCAACAGGAGUUAUCCAGUACAUUUGCCCGACUUUGUCGUGUUGUGGACACAGCCACAACCGAUAUGAAUACCGAGCUGAAGGAAAUCGAAACUUCUCUUGCUGUUAUUGAAACUAACCAAAAACAGCUGAAGGUGUUGAGCAACAAGGCUAACUUCAUCCAGCGUGAACUGGAGAUCUUUGACAGCAAUUAUAUAAAUGAAAAUUAAGCAGAAAAAAUAGCGUUUCAUAGUAUGGCAAGUUUAGUAGGUUCUAAACCUAGACCUAGGGACGUAUUUUUUUUUAAUUUCUAUUCAAUGAACAUACAAGCCAGGCGUGCAGCAGAACUGAAAAUGAUUUGCUCAAAUCAAAAUAUAGGACGUUGGUGCAUCCGUUGACGGAUACAUACUCUCGUCUAAUUCUGCAGAAGGUGCAUAUUUCUGAAAAUGCUUUCGUUAUUGUUUUUAGUUUUCUUUUUUUAAUGUUCCAUUUUGAUUUGUUGUGAGCAGAUACAGCAUUAGAGAAUCUACAAUUUAUAAAAAAUAACUGUUAAAUCAAUUUAUUGAUGUAAUAUAUAUGUAAUAUAAAUCGAAGAACAAAUAAUGAAAUUUAAUCGAAACCUUAGUAAUUCAAAGUCAAUGUGAAUAAAUAUCGCUAUGGUUAGCGAUGAGGCUUUUUUGGAAAGGCAAAUCAAUAACCUGUUUGGAACAAUACUAUUUAAACUUGCUCCAUAUCCUUAUCUAAUCUAUGUUCGGAGCGCAAAAUAUUCGCAAUCUGGCUAUAGACCUAUUCUAAAUUAUUUAGUUGUCUCACGGGAUUCGAUACCAUUUACUGAAUUGAAGAUAACUUUUUUAAAGAAAAAUUGAACUGAACCAUCUAGCUGUUAAGAAUGAGCUGUUAAAUAAAGGAAAACUAUUUCAAUACGGUAUUUCGAUUGUUUUGAAUGAUUCUACAUUUCUACAAAUGAUAAAAGUUUAAUUUUGUUUUCUUAAAGAAUCUGCAGAAAAUUCGUGGUUUCGCUUAUUUUAAAUCUGUUAUCUGUUGAAAAACUUCAUUAUUUUGAACGUAAAAUUAACCGUUAAAUUCAAUCAAAAUGAUUCAAAUUCCGUUAGUUUCGAUGAAACAUUUAUUUCAUAUGAUAGCAAUUCGAACUUAACAUUACCGAUAGCGGUAAAUAAAACAAACGAUAUGCCUAGAUAUUUUUUCCGUAAAAAAAACUACGAUUGGAUACGAAAUCGAAAGGCAAAAAACGUGUAACUCAACUUUCCUUUGAAAACAUAAGCGGAAUAUGUUACGACUACUGAAACAAAGCUCAAAAUACUGAAGCGAAUAACAAAAAAAUGGGAUGAUUCCUUGUCAGCAGAUAGAAAAGAACAAUGAGAAAAAAAAAUUAAACGAAAAAAAUCCAUCAGCUUCCGGUACAAGCAAUUGUCCUUAUUUUAACCUAUCAUCUAAACUUCAACAACUUGUUUCGCAAACUUCUGGACAAUCUGACUAACGUCCAAUACAAACUCGGGAAUUUGGCCAACCUUAGUAACAAAGGUUAAGAGCGUGUUAUAGUCAAGUGAGGAUUCUUCACCAGGUAAGAUUCGCAAUAUAAGCUUCACCACCAAUUUGAUCAUUUCGUGGGGUGGUCGAUCAUAUUCGAGGCACAGUCCGAGCAACCGAUUCACCGACUUUGUUUCGAAUUUGUAAUCUCGCACCAGCAAAACUUCCUCCAACCAGCGCAGGAAGUUGACAACUCCUUUGGCCCCAGUUUCCAAGACGAGCUCAAUGAUGACAUUGAUUUGAUUGAAAGAUUUUUUGACAUGCUUUUCGAUGAGAAUCUGAACCGCUUGAACUGGAUUGGUGCCACUGAGUUGCAGACCCUCCACGAUGUACCGAUAAUAAUGGAUGGGUCUUCUUGGUAAUUCGCAAUCCGGAAUUGUAGUCACUAGCUGAUGACGCAUGUUGUUCUGUGCCAUGGCGCUAGUAAACACCGGGAAAUAUUUGAUAAAUAAAUCGUCACGCGAAGCAACAAACCGAUAGGUGCACAUGAUAAAAUCUUUGUUUUGGGUACCGAGCUUGCGCAAAACGUCAUCUUGGCUAGCAAGAUAAUGAUCGUACUUGCAGUUAGGCUUAUUGCAUUGAUCUGAUAAGAAGUCGUAACACCCGAAAAGAUAACUGAUCAUUUCGAAAUUUUCUGGUCUUGGACGUGCGCCCAUAUCAGGCUUCUGCUCGGGCGAUGGUCCAGUUUUGGAUCGCAUUGGUCCUAUUUGUGGAAACAGCUGAGCCGACGAUUGUGGUUGUCCGAAAUGUCCAGCAUUUCUCAUUGGAUGCGUUUGUGGUUGUUGCUGGAACAUAUGUGUUUGUUGUUGCUGUUGAAAAAUAUGAGUUUGUUGCUGUUGUUGAAAUUGUUCCCACAUCAUUGCCAUGAAAUUAUUCAGAGGAUUGAUACCACCAGCCAUUCCUCCGAAUAAGGAAGAAUAAUUUUGAUUGACAUCAGGAAAGGCAGAAUAUCCGCGGUUGACGGGCAUUCCACAAGGUUUCAGAGGUACAUUGUACGCUGACGGAACAGGCCCGUUGUCUGCAAAUCCUGAGAACGGAUUAAUCGUAGGUUGUUGUACAUUGAAACUGGGCUCGCCAGAAUUUCCAGCCAUCAUUUGAAACAGUGACAGUUGCUGUGACGAUGUUUGACGAUUAUUCAUUGUCGGCUGUGUCUGCGCCUGAUCAUUUCGAAUGGUGCGUUUAAACUGACCGACCAUUUCCGAACGAUCUGGUAGAAUCGGUCGGGUAUCCAAGCUCUGAAGGUUAGCUUUGUUAUUGCUUUCGUUCGUCGGUUGCUCACUAUUCCUACGUGACAAG